CAUUUAACUUUUUCUUAUUUAAUUCGAUGUACAGUAAAUUCAUGUUUCCUCUCAUUUUAGAAACUGCUGUCACUAUUGGCUUGCCACAAAUAUGUUGAUGAAUUAUGUUUGUGCUUGAUCUCGCUUGAAUGUAUUGUUGAAAUGAAAGGUAUUGAGCUGAGAAAUGGCACAUUAGAAAUUGCACCAUUGCCCUCCUUGCUAUUAUAGCAGCACAUGUUCUGCUCCAGUCUGGGAGACUAAAUGCUGUCAGGUACACAGAGUGGCCCAGCAAAAGAUGAGAUUCCUCACUCUCACAACAUGUUUUUGCCGCAGCGAUACUUUAAUACAUUACAUUAAAUAUGUCAUUAAACCGCUGGUUGUAGAAAAAACACGGAAACAUAUCCAACAAAAUGAUGUGUCAGUUCCAACCUGCUGUCACACACGCUUCCCAACCCUCCUGUGCAAGUCAAGUCAAGUCAGCUUCAUUCGACUCCUUGGUCACAGUUACAUUGAAUAGCUUUCACAACCCGCUGAGAACAAUGACUGGAUCAGAUGUGUCAUCGCAGACUGAAUAAUGCCAGGAAAGCAGGUACUGCCCUCGCUGGUUGUGAGAGUUAUCAAAGGGUUCAUUAUGCAGCCCUCAUACGUAUUGGACGGCCGUUUGGUUUUCAUGGCGAAAAAACAGGAAAAUAUUUGUUUUUGUUUUAAUCUGUGUCAAAGUACUACUACUUUACUACUACUACUACAGGAAUAACCAGUUUGAAGACCAUUUCAAGUAUGUAGUGUUCGUUAGUGUUCGUUCUGAAGGUGACUUCUAAACAAACGUUCAGAGCAGCGAGUGAAUUUAAAACUACAUGCUGCGUUUCAAUCAAAUCAACAAUAACAACUCAUUUUAAAUCUCUUGAUUUUAAUGAGCCUGCGCCCCUUAAUUAGUGGGAAAACGUGUUAUUCUCGCAUGCAUGUCUGGGUUGAUAUGCUGUAUACAACACGAUCACCACUUGUAUAAUGUUGUUGUCUGGCAUUUAUCUGCUUACGAUGUCUGAUGUGUAUUAUUCAUGCCUAUUCUUUAUUAACCAUCCACACAGACUGAACUCAUGCUGCUUAGCUGACUAUGCUUCCAUAACAUGACCACCUGUAAUAGCUACUAUUGUCCUGUGUUCAUCCGCAGUCUCUCACAUGUAAAGUGAGUGUAGCGAUAGGUUUUAGGGGGGCUCGGUUUAUUGCGACGAUGUCCCACCCCAGAAGCGGGGACGCGCUGCCCCCUAUCAGACCCGCAGCGACGUGCUCCGCCCCGCCUAUCAGCAUCUCCAGGCGGCGCAGAGGAGCCGCGAGUCCGGAGGAGCAGCAGCAGCAGCAGCAGCAGCAGCAGGCAGCAGAGACUUCAACGGCUCCCGCGUUCGUCCGACACUCCAGAGCUGCUCCCCGGCGAGAGGAGGUGAUGAUGGCGGCGGCUGUAGAGAGAGGAGGCGUCCGGGCCGCUUUCCUGAACCCGAGCAGCGGAGGCGGCGGCGGCGGCGGACCCGCACCGACGACCCUCCCGGCCGGAGCGCUAGCCAGCUCUGUGCUCCUGGGCUCGGGCUCUGGCAGCACGCCCGUACCCAUGAACCUCUUCGCAACCUGGGAGAUAGACCGAUCAUCCCCGAGCUGCGUGCCGAGGCUCUGCAGCCUCACGCUGAAAAAGCUGGUCGUACUCAAAGAACUGGAUAAGGAGCUGAACUCCCUGUCCAUAGCCGUCAAAAUCCAGGGUUCAAAGCGUCUUCUAAGAUCAAAUGAGUACGUCGUCCCACCCAGCGGACUGAUGGAGACGGACUUGGAGCUCACAUUCUCUCUACAGUACCCCCAUUUUCUGAAGAGGGAUGCCAACCGACUCCAGAUCAUGCUGCAGAGGAGGAAACGCUACAAGAACCGCACGAUCCUGGGCUACAAAACUUUGGCUGUGGGAGUCAUCAAUAUGGCCGAGGUGAUGCAACACCCGACAGACGGAGCACAGAUUCUGGGUCUCCAUAGCAACGUGAAGGAGGCGCCAGUGCGCGUGGCGGAGAUCAGCGUGCACUCUCUGUCCAGCCAGCCCAUCGACCACGAGGACGGCAGCGGUCAGGCUGGCCACAAGACCAAGACCUCAGACCGCUCUCCGGACAUGGAUAACUACUCUGAGGAGGACGACGACAGCUACUCGUCAGAGCAGGAAGCCAGCGAUGACGCAGCACCGGGCCAGGACCUUUACGAUGAAGACGACGAGGUGAGGAAGCCCAAGAAAGCCCGGAGGAAAAUGAUCCGAACCACCUCCAUGACCAGGCAACCUAAUUUCAAGCAGAAGUUUGUGGCCUUGCUGAAGAGGUUCAAAGUAACUGACGAGGUCCUGGACUCUGACCCAGUUGACCAGACCCAGGAAGUGGAGGAGGAUCUGGACUUGCUCUACGACAGCCUGGAGGUGUACAACCAGAGUGACAGUGGGCCAGAGAUGGAGGACAACGAGAGCGUCCUGAGCACGCCCAAACCCAAACUCAAGCCGUUUUUUGAAGGGAUGUCUCACUCCAGCUCCCAGACAGAGAUUGGAAGCAUACACAGCCAAAAAAGCCAGCAGAGAGAGCUGUCGUGUCCUAGUGGAGAAUUUCUGACCGUGGACAGAUGUAAAGGGGCCCGCUAUCAGCAAGACAGCGCCACAGAUACGAUUGUUGGGGAGCCGGAGACGGAGGAAAGGGGGCCAGGACCGGGGGAGGUGAGCAGCUGUGACGUCAGCACUGAACGGGUGACCAGCACUGUUGGCAAGCUCUGCAAGACAGAGUCCCAAAACCACAUGUCUCCAAGUAAGGCGGAGAACCGGCUACAGAGGCGUCCGCGCAGCACCUCCAUGAAAGACCGGCAGAACUCCAAGGCCCAGAGCGACAGGACCAGCAGCAUGGAGAGCGAGUGCUCCCCGGAGUCACGGCUCAUCGCACAGGUUCCCAGGAAGUCUGUGUACGACCAGCUGAACCAGAUCCUCAUCUCUGACGAGCGCCUGCCCGAAAGCAUCAUCCUCAUCAACACUGUGGAGUGGCAAGGACAGUACGUGUCCGAGUUGCUCCACGAACAGGGCCAGCCCAUCGUGUCCACUUGCUCCGCUGCCGACGUUCAGGCCGCCUUCAACACCAUCGUCACUCGCAUCCAGAGAUUCUGUAACUGCAAUGCGCAGACACCGCCGACGAUGAAGGUGGCGGUGGCAGGCGACCAGAGUUACCUCAGCACCAUCCUGAGGUUCUUCGUGGAGCAGCUGGCCAACAAGACGCCCGACUGGCUCAGUUACAUCCGCUUCCUGGUGAUCCCCAUCGGUUCUCAUCCUCUGGCAAAGUACGUGGCCUCCUUUGACAGCCGCUUCAACAGCAUCUUCAUGGACACCGCGUGGAGGGAGCUGUUCUGCAGGACGGAACGGCCCUCCUCAGACAACAUCGAUGUGGCAGGACGAAUUGUUCAAUAUCUGGUGGGUGCCAACGUGUCCCACCAGUUCCCCAUCUCUGAAGCAAUGCUGACCUACAAACAGAAGAGGAAAAGAAGUUUGUAUUUUGAUUUUUACAUCAGCCCUGAUGAAGACUCCUGUCAGAAAUUUGUGCCAUUUAUUGGGGUUGUGAAAGUUGGGAUUGUGGAGCAAAGCCUCUCAACGUCAGUGGACUCCGAUGAUGCGAUGGGGGUCAACACAAGCAUCCUUUCCUCCCCGACGCCACCGCUGGCUGGUCCGUAUGGGAAGGAAAUAGGGGGCACCCCCCCGCAGUCACCGUCUGUGUCCACCGCCCUGUCUGGAACUGGCUCCCCGUGUUCCGGCAGUGAAGUGAUGGGGCUUCAGGUGGAGUACUGGACGUGGCAAGGCCCGGAGAAGAAGAAAGAGGGCGAGAAGAGAGACGUGGGACUGAAGAACACCCUGAAGAGCAACUUCCGCUCACUGCAAGUCAGCCGCCUGCCCUGUGGAGGGGAACUCACCCCCCCACCCAGCAUGGCCAUGACUGUGGUCACCAAGGAGAAGAACAAGAAAGUGAUCUUCCUCAGCAAGAAGCCCAAGGAGAAAGAGCUGGACUCUAAGAGCCAAGUCAUUGAUGGCAUCAGCAGGUUGAUCUGCACAGCCAAGCACCAGCACACGAUGCUGAGAGUCACAAUCGAUGGAGUCGAGUGGAACGAUGUGAAGUUUUUCCAGCUCGCCGCCCAGUGGCCGACACACGUCAAGCACUUCCCGGUGGGGAUCUUUGGUUACACUAAGCCCGCGUGACCGCGCCCGCCCGCCCACCACCUGUCCCCCGCUGAACUCUCGUCUCACCGAGAGGCUACAGAGAAGUAGAAGAAAAGCCCCCCCCCCUCACUGGCAGUACUAGUUUUCCUGUGGAAAUCUUACUGGCUCACAACCACCUGUUCAAUACACAAAUGUCAUGUUCUCAUUUGGAUGUUUUCGAUGUCGACGUUGUUGGGUGUUGUUGUUGUUGUUGUUUUUUACACACUACGAAAAACACGUACUAUUUUGUAAGAUUUGUGCGACUGCCUCGGAGGUAUCUUGGGGUAUUUUGACAAUUUGCCACAUUUCGAUAACGGCAGCUGUGUUUGCACUUUGUUUUUGUUAACAUUUUAUUAUUUCUGUGAAAUCCUACAUUUAUUGUUACUCUAUGGACAGUGGAGGAGUGUGAUGGUGAUGUGCAGUGGCGUGUGUGAGAUGGUUUGAGACCGUGUUUGUGUUUAUUGUUGAAAGUUGGAAUAUUGCUGUGAAUCUAGAUGGAAUCCUCCUCAAACUCAGUGCUCAGUUUUCUUACUCCUCCCUUUUUACUUUCUCAAAAAGGUAAAUUUUUAUAGAAAGGAACAAAGCUCUGUUUGCCUCGUCGCUUUUUAGGACCCGUGUGCAAAAAAACCCCCUAAAAACUAAAGUAAGGUGUUACUGAAGGUAGCUAUAAAAAAAGCAUUUGUGACAUGUGAGAAGUUCAAAUCAUUUCGUUAUUGUAAGUGCUUCAGACUUCGGUGUACAUUCGGCCUGCACAGCAACAUCUACUUAGUAGCAGGGCAACGCGACACCACAAAUCCUACUUCAACUAUCAACAGCUGAAUACCAAAUUUAGUUCUGACUAUUGUUUCACCACCCCGCCCCCCUCCCUCCCCGAUGCUGGAUACCUCCAGAUGUUCCGGUUACGUGCCAAAGUAAAGUUCCCAUUACAGUCCAACCACCAGAGCCCUCGGCUCGGCCAAACUUUGUAGUACAGGAAACAAAAAUUGUACAUUUAAUGUGCCCUUGGUCCCUGUGGAGAUCAGUAUUUAGAUUACUGAGAGAUUAAUCCUGACAAAUGUACCAGUUUGUGCUCUACAUUUGGCCAAACGUAAUCCCGUUGUGUGCUUUUCUUGCCCGUGGCGGGCGCACUCGGGCGUCCCCUGACCUCAAACACACCGAUGGGUCCGGCGGUGGCGUGUCGGCCUGCUGCGGGAAAACGAGACGGACGUGAAGUAGUGAGGAGCGCAAUGCAAGAAUUAAAAAAACUUUAAAGUAACAUGAUAGUCAAAGGAGUCGCGACGGAUCCAAGUCCCUGUGUGUGUGUGUGUGUGUGCGUGCGUGCGUCCGUGCAGGUGUGUGCAGGUGUGCUGUGUGUUCAAUGGUACGCCCUGAAUAGUGUUACGUACAACUUUUGCAAUAGGAAACCUUUGAACAAAGGGACUUUAAGGUAGUUGCGUUCGUUUUUUUUAAAGUGACCACUCACAAGCUUUGAUUGGCUGUCUUUUAUAGUAAUGUAUAUAAAUAUAUACAUCAUUUUGUGAAUUCCAAUCCCUCCCCUUCCACUAAAUUUAAAGCACAAAUAGCUUCCCUUAAUUUCUUGACAUGUCAAAAAUGCCAAAUAUAUAUAUAUAUAUAUAAAUAUAUAUAUAUAUUUCCAGAACUCAUAGCUAUGAAGUUGACUUGUAUAAAGUAAACACUUAUUAGGUUUGCCAUUUCCCUGACUUUGUAAUGCACUUUCAUGUGGUUUUCUACAUAUAUUCGCUCAAAUUUGGGACACUUUUUUUUGAGGUGAUGUGAUAUAUUUGAAAAGUAAACCACUACCUAGUCAAGAGAAGGCAGUUUUAUUUUCUAGAUGAUCCUUUUCAUUGGGAUGUUUGUUGUUGAGCGCCGUUUGUUACUUUGUUUUUGCCACUUGAUGUUGAAAAGCUUUUUUUGCAGCUACCACCACACGUGUCUGCCUGUAACUGUACUGUCAAGUGUUCUUGUCUCCUGCUUUUUCAAAGGGUUCGCCUUCUCCUUUUACACGGGAAACCAACUUCUUGGUCUGUGAAGAUUCAGUCAGGACCGAGUUGUUUGAGGGAACGUGUCGCGAGUUAGCCUUUUGAAAACUGAACGGGCAUAACAAGCUUAUUUCAAUGUAUUUGUUUUGCCCUAAAUCUAGACGUAGCAUGGGGGUGUUUCACAGGACGGGAUCAAUGAGCAGGCGUCGUCACUCAGCGACCAAUGAACUCUUAGACAUCAAUGGUCAAACUCCAACAUGCCGUCUCAUUGCUCCCGUUACUUGAAAUGCCUCCCAUUGUCUUUGCACAAACCCUAUUUUAAAUGACAUGACAGUAUUUUUAAAUUUACCACUACAAAUAUGGAUUACUCUGCAUGUUUUACUAUAGCUGUAAAUAUGUUUUGGAUUUUUAUAUUGUUUUGUUUCUUUCCAUGCUCUCACAAGCAGUUGUGUUUAAUAAAAUUUAUAAUCUUCUGUACAAACA